CUCAAGAGAAAUAAGGAUCGAGUCCAAGGAGAACAAGUGCUUCGGAAUUGGCAGCAACUUGCACGAAAGGAGGAGAAUGAGGAGGGAGUAAGGAAGGAGAUGGGACAAGCAAGGGAGCAGAUGCAGGAGGAAGGAAGGAGAUGGAACAUCAAGGAGGGAGGAGAAUGAGGUGGAAGGAAGGAGAUGGGACAAGCAAGGGAGCAGAUGCAGGAGGGAGGAAGGAAGGAGAUGGAAAAUCAAGGAGGGAGGAGAAUGAUGUGGAAGGAAAGGGACGGAUGAGGAAGGAAAGGAGAUGGAUCGAGGAGGGAGGAGCUGGAGGAAGAACAAAGGAGAUGGACAUGGGAGGAAGGAGACGGAUCAAGGAGGGAGGAGAUGGAAGAGGAAGGAAGGGGAUGGAGGUGGAAGGAUGGAGAUGGACAAGGAAGGAAGACAUGGAGGUGGAAGGAAGGAGAUGGCAAUGCAAGCAAGAAGGUGGCACCACAAGGAGGAAGGACAUGGCGCCGCAAGGAGGAAGGCCAUGGCUGCGCAAGGAAGGAGAUGGUGGCUCAAGGAGGAAGGAGAUGCCCGCGCAAGGAGGAAGGAGAUGGCCGUGCAAGGAGGGAGCUGGCGGAGCAACGAGGAAGGAGAUGGCAAGGAGGAGGAUGCAAAGGAGGAGGACGAAGAGGAGGAAGAGGAGGAGGAGGAGGAGGAAGAUGAGGAGGAGGAACUUCGAGGAAGUCGAGGAGGAGGCAGUCGAGGAGGAGGAGGAGGAGGAAGAUGAGGAGGAGGAAGUCGAGGAGGAGGCAGUCGAGGAGGAGGCAGUCGAGGAGGAGGCAGUCGAGGAGGAGGCAGUCGAGGAGGAGGAGGAGGAGGAGGGCAACGUCGCCAUGAGGGAGGAGGAGGAAGAGAAGGAGGGGUGUUUGUUUUUAUAAUCUCAAUCUUUUUGAUCAAUCAAUCAAUCAAUCAAUCAAUCAAUCAAUCAAUCAAUCAAUCAAUCAAUCAAUCCAUGAAUC